AUGCGUCUAGCUGUACCUGUUUUCAGCUGCAAGAACCUAGAGACAGCGUAUCACGAAAUUGAUAUGAACCUCGGGAAGACGGCAGCGGAGAAGGAGGCUCCCAGAGACACUCGAACAUCGUCGUUGGUCCGGGUGUUGUCCGCUUAUAACCAUCAUAGACGACUCACCCUUAACAAUCUUACACGCGAGCAAUGGCAGGGUUUCAAGGAAAUCCGCGGAAUGACUACAAGAGGGGACAUACGCCUUUCAGUAAGCGAUAAGGGUGGGGAAUUCGUAGUCAUGUCACAGGCUCUUGAUCGAAAGCUGAGGAUGUUCAUGAGGAUUCACAGAGCAGCUGUGGCCGCUGCCCUCCAGUCGCGUCGCGUUAGCACGGUCGAAAAUGGUUCGGCGGCGACGACUCCGACAGCAGUCUUCGAAACAUCGCAUGUGUUAGAGGUAUACCAUUCGGCAUUCACCGAUUUUCUGAUGUGCAGCUGGUUGACUGUGGCACUCGUCGCCUCACAAGGCAUGCGUCUCUCCCAGGGUUAUGUCGAAGAAAGAAACCAGAAACCAGAACCGGAAUGUCGUCCAGAAAGUUAUUUUCCACGAUCUGUGAUAGCAAUAAUAAGCUGGAGACCUGGACAACAGAACAGUAGAAGAUGUAGUCGAAAAUCGAUAAAUGUAGAAUAUAUUCAGGGAGAAAUAUUCCAAGUGGAGGUGGCAAGAUGUGGGAAAUGGUUGUUUACAGAAGACGUUGUUUGCACUAAAGGUCGUAGGGACGAUGACUGGUUGGAAUUCGCAAUCAGGACGUCGCUCCACGUCGAUCCAAAGCUUCUUACGUGUGCUGCUUAUGUCUGUUUAAGAAAGAUUAUGGUCCCUUUUCUGACAACAACAACAACAACAACAACAACAACAACAACAACAACAACAACAACAACCACGACAACAACGACAACGACAGCGGCAACCACCACUUCUCUUACCACCGACACCGACACCGCUACCGACACCGCCACCCCCACCACCCUUGCCGAGCACUCAACUGCUGCUGCGUAUAAUUUUGAAUCGGAUGCAAUGCUCGAAUGGCUUGAGUUGUCUUUUAAUGAGACAAUAGAGCAGCAAAGACGAGAAAAAGAAGACAAAAACGCCCUUAUUUGGAUGCUGAUCACCAGUACUGUGUUCUUCGCAUUUUUCGCGAUUGUUGCUGCAUACGACAGCAUUGCUAUAAUAAUGGAAAGAAAAAAACCACGCAUUAAAAAACGGAAAAAACGGAGAAACGCGACUACUACAUCAACUGAGGCGUAA